CCAGUCCGUAUUUAAACGCGUCAAUGUCAGCUGAACCUCAGACUUCACGAGAGCUUGAUCUUGGCGAGCGCGUGCGCACCCGUGGGAAAAUUCGCGAGACAGUUUUGCGCGUGGCAUUAGAUCUUCACCUGAGAUAAAGGAACAGCUGAAACGCCACAGUACCCUGAAGUUGGACUUUUGGUCUGACUAAGAAGCUUUAGUUGCUGGAAAUUCAAUAUUGUCCAGGUGCAUUGGAAGCCCCCUCCUGACCAAGGGGGCGUGAGAACAUUAUUCGCCCACGAUGAGAACGUUUUUCCCGGUUUUUGUGUAUUGCAUCAGCCUGCUCUCCUCACAACUGCUGGCUCUACCGGUGAGAAACAGGUUGGACUUCAUGACAAGGCUCCAUCAGCUAAGACAGGAAAACACCAUCUCUCCAGAUGUUACUGAGCGCCCAAACACAGACCAUGGCGCCUCCAUCGACCGCACCAUUCUAUGGAGGGCCAUUCUCUCCAAAUCACCACCUUCAGACCCAACAAGAAACCAAUUCCACAUCGGUCAGCCAACGGCAGGAGAGUCCACCGAAACAGGAGAUAGCCCUAGACACAGAGAUCGUCGCAACGUGCAUUCAAAAGGCCACCACAACCACCAUCAUGCCCAGCUGAUGCGCGUCGGAUGCGUUCUCGGUACCUGCCAGGUACAAAACCUCAGCCAUCGCCUUUACCAACUGGUCGGGCAAAGCGGCCGAGAAGACUCGCCUAUUAACCCGCGCAGUCCACACAGCUACGGAUGAGUCUAGAGGGACGUCCGGCUAAAACUAAGACCAAGAAAACAGCGUUACGCAUAUCUGUCCUGGUGUUUGUUUAUUUUGUUGCAAUAGGAUACUGCUGUAGUACUCUUUCCUCCUCUAUGCCUUGGUUUUCUGGAGUGUAUACUGUGCCUUUUUGGACAGAAAGGACCUCUUGUUACUUGAUGGCGAACUUUGAAUUCGGUGCCUCUCAAACACUUUGACCCCGGCCUCUCAUUUUUUGGUACUCGAACAGAUUCUUAAUUUUCAUAUCGCUGUUAGGUCUUCAGAUAAGAGAUUAUCCCGACUCUUCUAAGGCUGUUAACGUCUACACCGCUGAUCAAACCGGCUGAGCCUUUAAUGUGGAUUUCGACAAGGUGUGGGAUUGGAUUUCUGUCAACGUGAGGCUUGUGUGUAUUUCAAAAAACUCUGAACCCUCUCACCUUGUGUCUCCCUAAAAGACUUUUAAGAAGAAGGCAGUCUUAGGAGGUGGUGCAAGACCACCAUCUGAUACCUUCUCACUUGAAUAGCCAGUGCAGCUUUGGGUUUAAAUGUUGGGUUUUAGACAAUGGCGAAUUGUCUGAGUUUAUAAACACAGUGGUCCCUUGGUUGAACCCGCAUAACAAUAUAGUAACAAUCGCUGUUGAAUCCGGAUUAACACAUUGUUGUUUCUCCGUGCACUUUGAGGUCUGGCGCCUGAAAAAUUACACUUCACGUGGUUCAUAAAGUCACAAGAAUGAGUUAUAAUCCACAAGGUCUCCGUUUCAACUCCUGCUGGGCUUUGCCGCGAUUUAUAAACAGAAGCAAGGCUUUUCGGCGCAUUUCUAAAUGAUGGUCAUAACUCACCCAUAAAUACCCAUAACCAAGGUUACAGCUCUAUAACAGAGGCUAAAACUAGCUGAAAGGCUGUUUAAAAACCAUUUUGAUUGCCAAAAUGUUGUCAUGAUUUACUCAUAAAGUUCCAAAUUUGUCUCAAUUUUCGCAGCACACAAAAAAAGAUAUUUAGAAAAAUGCAAGUCAAAGGGAUAUGAAGUCGGUUUUGGACCCCAUUCACUUGCAUUGUAUGGACACAAGCAGGAUUUUUAGAAAAUUACCAAAUUAAAAUGUUUUCAAAGGAUUAAUUCACCCUAAAAUGAAUAGUCUGUCACGCUCGAGCAGUUCCAAACAGUUUGAAGCCUGGUUACAAACAAGAACAAAGUUUGGACAGGUUUGGAAAUACUUGAGGGCGAGUAAAUGAUGACAGAAUUUUAAUUUUCGGGUGAACUAUUCCUUUAACACACGCUGACUGGCUUAAGCGAUUUUCAAACUCAUUCUUGUAACUCUAAUUAAAGAUUCUAGUUCUACCAAAAUUUGAGGAGCAAGUGUUCCAAAGUCUUUCGGGAAAGUGGCCUUACUAAAGCACUCUUGCAGCAGUGUCAUGUAUUUUAAGAAUUCCCUUUUGUUAUAAUAAUCAUGUCUGAAUUCGUGGGUGGAUACACACACCAAAAAUACCCCAAAAAGUAGCUGUAAAAACCGACCGAUUUAAAACUUCCAGAAACGUUCUAUGCCUUUUGGGGGUCUGUGGAUGUCGGGGGAAUGCUGUGAGACAUCAAAGUACAUGUCUGAGGAUUAAAAUAGCAGAAGUAAUCCCAAAAAUCCUACUUAAACAUCAAAAACUCAAUUCCAGCUAGGUAUCCAGGCCAAACUCUUAACGCUAUGUGAUGUAUGUUAUAGGACAACUUGCUUUCAAAUGGCUCCAGAAAGGCAGAGAAUCCGACCAAAAAACCUGAAUUUACUUGAUACCUUGUUGUGCAUUCGCAUUAUACUGUUCAUUUAUCUUUAAAGGGGCUGGAAUUGGUGUUCGUAACUGUAAAAAAAAAAAAAAAAAAGUAUUUUUCCUUGUCAUGGCUGAUUUAAAUGAUGAUGAUGAUCAUAGGAAGUAGUAAUCGCUGGUGCUUUGGCGCUAAUCUGCUCAAAGGCUCUCUAUAUAUCCGACACCAUUCUCUCUGCUGUAAUCGAUCUGAUUGAUGUCUCGUGACUAAUCAUAAUUAAAAGGCUUUUAAACUGCUGAGAGCCUGGUUAAUCUGUACUUUUUGCACAGGGAGAGCCUCUUAACCUGCCUCAUGUCGACUUAUAUAUUGAUCACAUUCCUUUUUUUUUGACUAUUUAACUAUCUAUUUAUUUAUUUUUGGAAGAGUUAUCGUGAACGUCUUGGUGACAUGGGUUGGAACGUAUUAAGUGCGUCAGAAUCUGGCCCUGAUCGUGUUUUUGUGUGGUGCCCCUGUGCAUUGCGUGUUUUCAUGACCUUUGUCCCCCUUUAAGCCCUACUUGGUUCAUUACAAAAACACAAGCGCUAGCGUUCGCGCUAAUGCGGACGUGUUUGGGAUGAAGGAACACACAGUUAUGAAUCUGUGUCCUAAAGACGUGUGUGUGUCUGUGUGUGUGUGUGUGAACGUCAUCGUGGCCAUGAGUAUGACCUUGUUUCAGUUGAUAUUAAGGGUCAGUUGUGUUGUUACUACCAUGCGAAGCACUUUAAAGCAGGAGCAUGUUUUUAUUUUUUGUCACUUGAACUUGUGAGUUUUGUGUACUGAUUUCGAGUAGGAUCUGUAUGAAUGUAUUUUAAAGGGCGUUAGCACACUGAAUGAGGACGUACUCAGCAUCAUGUACACAACCUUUUGUGAAUACUACUAUUAGGUCUGAUAUUUAACUUAAAGUAUUUAUAUUUGCAUUUGUAUAUCUAUGUCACCAAAGACGUUGUUUAUAGCAUGCAGUGUUUUCUCACACCUCAGAGUUGUCCUCUGGGUACGAAAAAAAGAGUAUAUUUAGAGAAGGCGGUCAAAUUGAUUUGUCACGCCCAAAUAAUGUUCUUUUUCUCUGUGAAAUAAAGCACUACGUAGUAGUGAGAUGAAAUCUGA